AUGGACGUUGCUGUCAUGUCUUCCCUCGACCUUGAUCUGGUCAGAGCCAAAGAUCGUCACCAGAAGAGGCUCAACAUCAACGACGAUCUCUCCUACCGCAACGAAAUCAUGGCUAACGUGGCCGAAGCUAUCUCCAGACUCGAGCGUAGAUCAGCAUCGCAGGAGCGACUUCUUCGUUCAAAGCUCUGCUCGAUCUUUGACGCAGCUGAUGCGCUGAUCCUGAAGGAGAACCUUCCGCGGGAGAUUAGCAUCGUGAUCUCGACCAAAGCCAAUGACGAAUAA